CAAAAUGGAAGCUAAACUUUCAUCCGUUUUCAUGCCGGGUGAUGUUUCAGCCAAAUUGGUGACAUGGAAGGUGAAAAAGGGAGCCAAAGUAGGUCAGGGAACUACACUAGCGGUGUAUGCACCGAUCGGGGGUAAAGGCACGAUGAGACUUCGUGCUUCAAACAUGGGAACAGUGCAUGAACUUUUGGUCCAAGAAGGGAGCACUGUGCAAAAUGGAAAAGAGAUCCUUAAAUUACAAGGAUGCCUUCAUCCCAUUGUUAUGAAGGAUAUGUGCGCUGAGUGUGGAGCUGACCUCAGAAAAGACUCUCAUGUGUCAGCUAAACACAAGGAAACAGUUGAUUCUGAGGCAUCUGUAAGAAUGGUACACAAUAUUCCAGAGCUUGUCAUCAGUAAAGAGCAAGCCCAAGAGUUGGGCAAGGCUGAUGAGGAAAGACUUACAAAGGCAAGGAAGCUGGUGUUGCUGGUGGACCUUGACCAAACCCUUAUUCACACCACUAAUGACAAUGUUGCACCCAAUCUAAAGGAUGUGAAGCACUUCCAGCUGAGACACGGCCAAGGCAAGCUUUGGUAUCACACAAAGUUCAGACCUCACACAGAGCAAUUCCUAGAGAAAAUUUCCAAAAUGUACGAGCUCCAUAUCUGCACAUUUGGAGUUCGGGCAUAUGCACACACUAUAGCCAGAUUCCUAGAUCCUGAUGGGAAAUAUUUCUCUCACAGAAUACUUUCAAGAGAUGAGUGCUUUAGUUCCAACUCAAAAACUGCCAACUUGGGGUCGUUGUUCCCUUGUGGUGAUGCAAUGGUAUGCAUCAUAGAUGAUCGGGAAGAUGUCUGGAAUUUUGCUCCAAAUCUUGUCCAUGUGAAACCGUACAAGAUAUUUAAAGGAACGGCUGAUAUAAAUGCACCCCCUGGUGUCAAAGGGGACGUGGUAGAUGACGACCCAUUGCCAGAACCAAAAUCAGUUGAUCUAAAACAUGAAAUUGAAGACUCAAAGGCAGCACUGAAUGGUGAAUUGUCAGACUCCACUGGACCUAGCAAUAUUAAUGAAUCUGAUACUGGAAAAACAUCUGAUUCUAGUAUAUCAGAUGACUCCGCCGUUACAAAUGAAACAACUGAAACUAAGGAUGCAAAUGAAUCAAAAUAUGUAGGAAAUGAAGAGGAGCCAAGUGAUCCUACAGUGUCAAUUGAUGCGACACUUGAAUCAACCAAUGCUAAUGACAAUGUUGCACCUGAAGUUAAAGAUCUCAAAGACAGUGAUAGCAAAGACCUUAUUAAAAGGGACGACUCAACAUCUGAUGAAGUCAAUAAAGUAAGUGUUACUGACACAUUGAGUGAUGAUCUCAAAAUGGAAGAUGACGAAGCUGAAGAUGAAGAGAAGACAACUUCAUCUGAUAGCGUUGACAAAGCAAAGGACACUCAAGUUGAUGAAGUGAUGAAGGAUGAUGAAAUAAAACCUGAAAGUGCAGAAGUUGAUGAGACCAAGAAAGAUGAGACAAUUGAGACAAGUGAAUGUAUCACUGAGAUUUUAACACCUGCAUCCGAUGGACAAAAUGUGAAGGAGGAGGACUUGAUUGAAAUGAUUGAUGACGACGAUCAUUUACACUUCCUUGAAGAAAAACUCACUAAAAUCCAUGAGAUGUAUUUUAAAAAAUAUGACUUAGCAAUUGAAAAAUCAGAAAAAGAUUUGCCAAAUCUAAAACAAAUUAUUCCAGAAUUUCGCGCUAAUGUUCUCAAAGAAUGCUGUGUGUUGUUCAGCGGAGUUUUCCCCACAAAUUUCCCCCCAGAGAAGAGUAGGGCAUACACAGUUGCCAAAGCUCUUGGGGCAAAAAUUCACACCAACUUUGUAUCUAAAGCUGACCCUCGUACAACAGAAAGGACCACCCAUGUUAUGGCUGCUAAAUUAGGAACAGCAAAGGUAAAUCAGGCGAAAAAACAAGGUGGAAUAUGGAUAGUUACUCCUGAUUGGCUGUGGAGCUGUGAGGAACGUUGGGAAAAAGUUGAUGAGCGAUUAUUUAAAUUAACGCAUGAUAUCUCCCUCCCUUUUGCGAGAAACAGUCCAGAUGUUAAGCAUCAACGGGAAAAGAGAAAAGCGGAAGAUCAGGCUCAAAAAGGAUCACCGCCUUCAAAACAACUCAAGGUUAAUAACUCAGGAGAUGCCAACAGUGAGCAAUUGGAGGCUAAGGACAUUGAAUUUGAUGAUGAAUUCGGAUAUCAAGCUCCGGUUAAACAGAAAACAGACACGACUGUAAAACCAGCUGUAAGGGAACGCCGGAAAUUUAGUGACGAAAUAAACCCCUUGUACAGUUUUUCUAAAGAUCAGCUGAGUGACAUGGACAAAGAAGUCGAGGACAUUUUCGACGAAUCCGAUAGCUCUAAUGACUCAACAGAGACUGCUAACAGAAUUCGUAAGAAAGUUUUAAGUGGCGAAUCAGAUUCAGAAUCAAGUGUUGAGAGUAUGAGUGGAGAGUUCCCGAAAGGGUGGGGCAUAGCACCAAAACGUAAAAGGAAUGAUACAGAGGAAACUGAAGGCUCAUUGAAACUUAUUGAGGGGGUUGAGAGUGACAGGUCAGAUAAUAGUGAUUAUGAUGAUUCCAUUGGGUCAGUUGACGAGGAAAUUGCAAAUGCUGUAGAACGAGAAUUUCUGUCAUGAGAAUAAAACUUCUGACCUCAAAAGAAUGGAUACUGAAAAUAGCUGUUAUAUUCAGUCAGUAUCUGUUUCUCAAAAGUAUGAGUCAUAAAUUCCAAGAUCUUUGACAUUAUUUCUAUGGUAAAAUCAUGAAGUGAUGCAAUUGUAAUAUUUUAAAAUAUAAUUGUGAAAUGUUUGUCAGCUGUGGUGAAAUCUUGAACUGUUGCUAUGGUAAAUUGUGAACUGUUGCCAUUGUAAAAUUGUAAAGUGCUGCUAUUGUGAAAUGUGAACUUAAUUGCCACGGUGUCUUGUGAAUCAGUGAUGCUAUGGUAAAUUGUGAA